UAUGGAACUGCCUCCUACUGGGCUGAUCAAUUAAACGUCCUUUACACUAGGAGGUCGAAGAAGUACGAGGAUUCGCAAGGGUUGAGAAUUUGAGAGACGAUCUGCAAUACUCCUCUCAGGACUACUAUUGAUCAUCCUCCUGUGAUCAAGCCCGUCUUCGCGAUUCCAACUGUGGACGCCCUCUCCCUCUCGACGAAGUUUCGCUGCUACCUCCUACGACCAUAGUCCUACACGUCGACCUUCGCGGCAAUCCUGGACUGGCGUCUGGCGCGUACCUGAGGUGUCGAGCUAUCCUGUUCCACUUCCACCAUGUGCAGCAUCUCCUGGGCUUCGAAACCGACUCGUUAGAUAGCAGCCACUCGUGGGUGGUAAGGUCAUGUCCAGUGAGGUUGAAUCUCUCGAUGCCGCCGACUCAGCUGCCUCGACAUCGCUGCCUGCUGCCGUUCAAUAUGGUGAGUCGAGCUCCGAAGCGCAGUCGCGCAGCUCGAGCGCUAUACGGAGCCUCCACAGCACCGCAGAAAACUCGCAUGACUUGGGACAGAAGCAACGGAGCCGAGAUCGCCUAUCGAACGCAUCAGAGACCUCGAGUCACAGCAAAAUACCGCGUCGGAUUAGGAAGCCUGGCGGCUUCUUGCUAGGCUCGGUAAUUGGCAAUGGACAACUGCGAGCAUCACACGAUUUGCCGCACUCAGGCGCCAAACAGGAGCAAAAGGGACAGAUUGGCGGGGUCUACAUGGAAAAGAGGCGAAAUACUGCUGCUCGAGGCCCUGGAGAGUCCUCCCCCAGAGGCUCCCCGUCCACGAGUGAGCGCUCGAGCGAUCGCCCUGCCCAUGCCAGCUCUGGCAAGCAGUCGGAGUUGAGACAGCCGAGUCUGGAUGCAGCACAAUUGGUACAAAUGGCCCUCAAAUUGAGCGAGAGCCGAAAGCGGCACGUAAGCAACACAUUGCCGUUGCCUAUCCUGCCCGCUGGAGGCCGGAGAUAUGUGUCCGCACUGGACUCUGGCUAUGGCCCCAUACGAUCAGCCUCGUCUGGAUCAAAGCGGGCUAGCUAUGCAAAUGACAGUCGUAUUCCUACGCCCACUUCGCAACGACAUAGCCACCCCCGAUCUGAGCGCCACGGAAGUCCCUUGGAUGUGGAGCAGAACGUGGUCUACACGUUCUCGCCUGCCACGUUGUCUCGUGCAGAAAAGGCGCGGACGUACUUCGAGCUUGCAAGCGAGCAUAGGCGCUUGCUGGAGCAUUUGCCUCCACUCAGGCCUGACGCCACUGCUCCUGGUAACUACAGUAUGCAUGCUACAAGUAGCCCCGGCAGCGCACACUAUCAAUUGACAAGAAUCACGUCUUCUGAAAGUGUUGUAAAGCAAAAGCUUGGGAGGGCAUACAACCCUCUCCAAGCGUUGCGAGAUCGACGGUUACGAAAUCGGGAGCGCCGGCCGUUGACUGUGCCUAUUGAGGCUUUCCACGAGACCGACAGGAUUAGACGUUGGAUUGACGAAGUUGACGCCGUGGCUAAGGACGGCUCUUAUAGACCGGGUGAAGAUCAGGUCAGACUGCCACCAUUUUCAGGAGAGCUUGAAGCCGAUCAAAGCACACGUUUCGGGAUGGCUCACGGUCAUCGCAGAACAGACACUGCGAGCUCUGUUAUCACAAGACCCGAGACCGGCUGGACAAUUGAGCCGGCAGAACUCCUUGCGGAUGCCUAUUGGGUCGAAAGGGGUGACAACAAGACCAUUGUCGAGGACCGGCAUGGCAAUCGCAUAUUCCCACCACGUCCACGAGCCAGUCUGGAGGUGCCACGACGCAGCAAGGAAGUCAGCCGUCGUAGUGCAGAAACGGGCCGUCGCGAUGGAUCCAUUGCUGAUACGCACAGCGAUUCUGACCAGUCUUGGGAUGAGCAUCGAUCCAGAGCGCGGCACAAACAUAAGCACAUACUUCCGUUGCCACGACUCGGUCGCAAUCGCGUUAGCCGAUCUGGGAGCGUCACAAGCGCGUCGAGCGACGAAGGUCGUAAACCACCCCCGCUAAGAUAUGGCGAUGACGAGGGCGGCGACGAGAACAUUGGUCCACUCGAGAGGCACAUGCGGGAAAUGAUUGCCAAGGACGAGAAAGGGGAGUUGUCCUCGCCGGAAAUGGUGUCGCCAGAUCACUGGGAUUCACGAAAUACGCCUUUCCCUGCCUCCCGUGCCGGCGCGGAGAAGUCGCGUCAAGACCCUUAUGCUACAGUGACUGGCAGGCCAUCUACGGACUUCCAGCGACCUCCACGGUCAAGGUCUGUGGAAAGCAGAAUUUCGGAGGACCAUCGACUAGCAUCUUUGAACGAAAUGGUAGUCGACAGCCCGACUUCUCCCGCGAGACCAACACUCUCAAGAAAGAACACUGCAGAAUCGAUUACAAGCAAGCAGACUUCACCUAUCAAACAGAAGACAAAAGGUCUGAAGCUGUCCAUGUUUCACUCACGCAGUAAGAGCAAGGAGCACAACAACAUCGAGGCAACCGACUUUGCCGCGAACAACAUCAAUGGGGCUCCCCUCUCACCAGUACUAAGUGCAGGCUCUAGCACUGGUCUACCCAGGUCGAGCGUUGACUCUGUACGCCCACCUCAAAUCCGACGGCACAAGACUUAUGACAGCAUUGAAAGCGACCUGCGACGUGCAGACACGACAAAUACUGCGACUGGAAUGUCGAUGAAAGAGUCUAAGCUGUCAUCAAAUCGCUUCUUCAAGGGAGGCCGCGUUCGAGAUCUCGUGCGCAUUGAAGGCUCGCGACUCAGCGAUAGGCUUCGUGGCAGUCGUGAAGGAGGUCACACGGCCGCCUCUGUUCCUCAAUCCGAAGCCUCAGAUGCCGAAUUUGAGCCCUCUCUACAGCGACGGAGAACUGCUGACUUGUAUACAGUCGAUGAUGGCAUCAGUUCAUACGCGUCCAUUGAAAGUGAGCAACCCAAGUCGAAGUACUUCAUGUCGGGCCUACCAUCGUUCAAGUCCCCUGGUGGACGGGAAAAAACGGCUCCCGCCAGUCCAUUGUCAGAAGACAGCGAUCCAUUCGAAAAGCUACAGAAGAGAGCACAGUCUAAUCGAAAGGAUCUGCCGAAGAUCAAUCUGCCUGAUAAUGGCGACACACGAGAACCCGAAAUGUCACCGAGCAAAUCCAGGGAUGGUGCGAGUACGGUGGAGGACUCCAAGCGCCGCAAGUCCGUCUCUCAGAACGACCUCGUCCUUGAUGAGGCCAGGCCGAGUGAUUUACACAUGAAAACUAGAGGCACCAGCACACCAGUGCCUGGCAAAUGGAAUUGGAGCAUUUCAGACCAUCUGCAUCGUGAACAACUAGCCAAACCCCAAGCCGAGAACGAAUUCUCGAGCAAAGUGACAACACGAGACAUUGCGCGUGUGCGAGCAUUGUUGCUGGCUUCGGGAAUCAAGGCGCACGAAAUUCGCAGUCUGGCAGACAACACCCGCGAUCCACCGCUCCCGUGUAUUAUUAAGGCUGCAGAGACUGCGGGACGGAAGUUUGAGCCGGUAGCUCGGAAAGAAGAGCAUGUAGUGGCAGCAAAGAUACUGUCAAGCACGCUAGAUGGCACCGUUUCCGGAUUUGAAAAACUUCUCGAGCACUUUCAGGGUGGCGCCAUCCGGACCUUGAGCAUGCGUCUUGAAGAACUUACUCACAAAUCCGGAGACCAGCUCACAAAACUGGUUCACGAGACAUCGGAUGAAGCAGACGCUUUCAAUGUCGAGCUCACGACCAAAAUGCCUCAGGACUUGAAACGCAUGGACGAGACCAUCGACAGCAUGUUUCGUGCACGUAGAAAGAACCUAAAGCUUCUCAUCAAUGUCGGCUCCAAGAUCUUCGAGUGGCUUUUAUUGGGGAUCAUGUGGUCCGUCUGGUUCGUUGUUGUCAUCAUCAACAGUUUGAAAAGGGCGGUGGUUUUGCUGGGAAGGAUGUUCAAGUGGCUUUUGUGGUGGUGAAUAAGUAUUUGGUUUUAAUCAAUUUUUAGUGAUACCCUGGUCUGGUGAAGAGCGAGGCAUUCCGGGCGAGCAUUAAUAUAUAAGUUAGCUGGACAUAGAGACAACAGGCUAUUUGACUCAGGAAUACAUGUAAGC